ACAGUUUCAAUCGUGAUGGGAGUUCCAACUGUCAAGCGGGAGGUGCACAGUUACCUGACUGACACAUUGAACUCCCUCAUUUAUGAACUGUCCCCAGAGGAAAAGCAAGAUUGUGUGAUUGUUGUACUCAUUGCAGAGACAGAUUUAGCAUAUGUAAAUAGUGUUGCGGAAAAUCUCAAAAGUUUAUUUCCAAAUGAAAUUCAGUCGGGUCUGCUUGAAGUCAUUGCCCCCUCGGUGAAUUACUAUCCUGAUUUCUCUCAUCUGAAAGAAACGUUUGGUGAUCCCAAAGAGCGGGUCAGAUGGCGAACAAAGCAGAACCUGGAUUAUUGCUUUUUAAUGAUGUAUGCUCAAUUGAAGGGCACAUAUUAUGUACAGUUGGAAGAUGAUAUCGUGGUGAGACCCAAUUAUUUAAGCACAAUGAAGAAUUUUGCACUGCAGCAACCAUCUGAAGAGUGGAUGAUCCUGGAAUUUUCCCAGCUGGGAUUUAUUGGAAAAAUGUUCAAAUCACUGGAUCUAAGUCUGAUUGUGGAGUUUAUUUUGAUGUUCUACAAGGACAAGCCCAUCGAUUGGCUGCUAGACCACGUUCUAUGGGUUAAAGUCUGUAACCCAGAAAAGGACGCAAAGCACUGUGACCGACAGAAGGCAAACCUCCGAAUCCGUUUCAAGCCGUCCCUAUUUCAACAUGUUGGAACACACUCAUCACUGGCCGGAAAGAUCCAGAAAUUAAAAGAUAAGGAUUUUGGAAAACAUGCCUUGCACAAAGGACAUUCCAAUCCCCCAGCGGAGGUAACUUCCAGCCUGAAAACAUACCAGCAUUUUACACUGGAAAAGGCUUACCUGGGAGAGGACUUCUUCUGGGCUUUCACCCCCGUGGCUGGUGAUUUUAUACGUUUCAGAUUUUUUACGCCAGUGAAAGUGGACAGGUUUUUCUUUCGCAGUGGGAAUAUCGAGCACCCAGGUGACAAGCUCUUCAACACCACGGUUGAAGUGUUGCCUUUUGACACAGAACUGUCAUGGAAGGAGACCUUACUGGAUGGUAAAGACAAGACUCCCAAAUACCAGAGAACAGAAGAUGGAUACAUCAGAAUCGCUUUCUUUAUAAAUGGUAUCGCCGAGGGAGUUGUGGAUCCAAUGUUUGGGCCACUGGAGGUCGUCCGUCUGUCCACCCUAUCAGAUUCGCCAGUUUGGGUGAUACUCAGUGAGAUAUUUAUAAAGAAAGCCGAGACUUAAAAGUAGAGAAGAUUUAGUUUUGACUAUGAUGGAGUGGGCUUUCCUCUGGACUGGAACAGUUUAUCUCAUGGAGUCUCGUCUUUGAUCAUCGAUUUCAUUGCAGAAAGACUCAACCGCCUGCUGGUCAAUUCAGGAAGAGAGGGAAAACCUUGAGUAAGGCAAACCCCUUCCCCUUCCCCCUCCAAAAACUGUGUACUCUGAUACAUCAAAGAACAGCUUGUGCCUGACAGGACUCCAUUUUAUACUUAACAAACAAAGAUUGUGUGAAAAAAAAAUCCAUUUAUAAUAGGAUCUUCCAUUCCAAUGCAUAUUGAUCCAGUCUAUUAAAUGUGGCAAAAUUUUUAACCUCUACCUUAUUGAUUGUAUCGGCUGUGAGGUACUGACUGAUGGACAUCUUCACUUGGGAGGAAGAUGAGUGAAGGAGGAGGACUGGGAUAGCUAGCACCCCUCAUUGAAGGGAGUAGGUUUGUGGUGCCUCUCCAAUUGAAGAAAGAGGAUACAGACCGGAAAUAUGAGGAUGGUCUCUGAACGAGGAAUGUCUCAAAUCAGGGAUUUAUCCAGAUCAUUUACAUACAAAUUUUUACUCAUUUUAGAGACAAUUUUAUAACCACUAAAAUCAAUAAUAUUUCAGAUAUAAGCCUGACUGCUGAUUCUUAAUACCUGAAAUAUUUGACUCAAAUUGAAUUCCUUCAGAAAGGAUGCUGGAUAAAUCCCAUGUAGAUCUCCCAUGUAGAUUUGAAGAUUAAACGUGGCAAGAAAAAUUGCUAUUUCAGUGGGGUUUGGUGAGGGGGUGGGAGGGUGAAAGUUUGAAGGCAAUUUGACCCUUUUACUGCUGACCUGGUGGUUUGGAAAUUUGACAGAAAAAGUUGAACGUGAAUGCUCUGCUCCUGAUCCUCUGAAGGUUGAAGGCUACUCAGUGUCAAGAGCUCAUUCAUUUACUUUGCCCACUGAAUGCAGAUCUUUGUUUUUAAAUCCUUGUCAACCAAAACAAAGCUGUAUGAGACUCUCUGCUUAUUUAUGGUCCAAAUGUUGAAGGCUCUGAAUGUUGCCAUGUCAAUAAUUGUACUGCAAAAGUUGGUGUGAUUGGAAAGUAGAAGACUCUCUGUGAUCACAUCAACCUUUUCAUGUAAAAUUAUUGUUGGGAGGAAUUCUACUCCCAAGGUCUUUUUAUGUUAACAGUAAUAAAGUUCAGUGAAUGGAAGAAAGAAUUUAAUAUAUUCAUUUUAUAAACUGUACUAUUUUACACAACAAUCUGUAAAUGCAGUCCAGUUUGUAGAUAAUAAAUGUGUAUCAUUAAUAAUGCCUAAUUGUGGAUGGAGGGAAAUCAUUGUAAUCAAAUGACCAUGAAUUAGUCUCAGUAAGUCUAGUUAACCUGAAUAUUUGGACUUCAUUUGAGUAAAGACUGACUGGUCUCCUAAUGGCUCAGGUUGUAAAGCUAUUUGGCUGUAGUUUCCUGUUUUCUGUCUCCCUCCCUUUUUAAAUAAAGGAUUUAUAUUCAAAUCUAAUAAAGGUUUCCCUGAA